AUGUUUUCUCCGUGGGAUCUAGUGCACCCGACGCUGUGGCAUCCAAUGUCUAUGCUGGAGCUUUCAACAAUGGAUGCGAGCACACUGCCACAAUUGUCGAUGAGUAUGAGUAGCGUGCCUGGUGUAAGUUCGGAUGAUGAAUUUUUCAAGGAUCUGCCAACGACGGAGAAGCAGAAAGAGAAGGAAUUGACACCCGAGACAGAGAACCAACGCGCAUUUUCGUCGUAUUCAUUCAGUAGCUCCUCGGUUCUAGACGAAGAAGGACGCAAGGUCAUGAGCACAAGACGCCGCUACGAAGACUCAACGGGGCGUCUGAAAGCUGAGCACGAACGUGAAGUAAUGGGAAAACAUUUGAAGACUAUUUGGAAUCGUAAGAAUGGCAACGAUGAAGGAGAACAUCACACGAUCUGCUCUCAGGUUACGCCCGAAGAAUUUGAAAAGUUGUGGAGUCAGACGGCUUUUGGAAAAGCUCAAGAAAAGAAGAAAGAGAAGCUGAUGGAAUCGGGUAAAGCUCCACCAACUAGUCAGCAGCUGAAACAAGCGGAGAAUACAUCAACGAACAAGCCUGAGUAA